CGUAAGCAAACCCUUGAAAUAGCUGCCGUUUUCUUUUUUCUUAGUCUCGUUACUAUAUCACACUUCUGCCGUUUUCUCUUUUUCUUAGUCUCGUAAGCAAAUCACACUUCUGCCGUUUUCUCUUUUUCUUAGACUCAGCAAACCGGUUGAAAUCGCUGCCGGAGUUAUUCAUUGUCGCAAUAAAAAAGCAAUUUACCGGCGAUUAACUUCCGUCGCACCACGAUUCCCGAUUUCGCGUUAAAGCCAUUCAAUUGACGGCACAGUAGAAAUCUCACACAACAAGACUCAACAAUGCUGGGAUUUUCAUAUGGAGAAAUAUUCUUAUUGCUGGGAGCCACUGCGGCUCUGCUUGGUCCAAAGGAUUUGCCAAUCAUAACCAGAACAGCUGGGAGGAUGGCUGGCCGGGCUAUUGCAUAUGUACAAUUGGCCCGGGGACACCUUGGAUCUGUUAUACAGCAAUCUCAAGCUCGCCAGCUUCAUAACGAACUUCGGGAUAUGAUGGCACAAGUAGAUGCUAUUCAACAUGAAGUUCGAAGUCUAUCAUUCAUAAAUCCUGGCCCUUUAACUCGGAGGCUUGAUAAUCUCGACCAGCCAUCCAUCAUAAAUGGUGGAUAUGCAAACAACAGGAUACCGGAAGGUGCUGGGGUGAAUCUCUCAAUAUCGUCUCUUACCAAGGAUUCAACUCCAUUGCCAUCCAAUUCAUUCAAUAUUCAAAGCAAAGCAACUACUUAUGCCAGGUUGGCCGAGGCCCCUUCCAUCAAGAAUGGUUCAUUGGCAAGUAGUGCUGAAGUUGAGAAGAUUAAAGAUGGUCUGCAGCUUAUUGUCAUGCCAGUUUCUGCUGAAAGUACUGGACUCUUACCAAAUCGUGGUGGAGCUGAUGUGAAAGGAUCUGACAUAGUUCAAGAAGCAAUUUUGGAAGCAGAGAUUUGGUAAUGAAGGUGAUAAGCAAAGAUCUGAUUGUCUCAAAGUGCAAUUUUGCCAUUCUGAUGGUGACCUUUUUACACUUCUCUCUGUGUACAAAGAAUGGGAGGCUCUGCCUCAAGAGAGGAGGAAUAAGUGGUGUUGGGAAAAUAGCAUCAAUGCUAAAUCUAUGAGGAGAUGCCAAGACACAGUUUUCGAGUUAGAAUCUUUUCUAGAGCGUGAACAUGGCUUUGUUGUUCCAAGUUACUGGCGUUGGGAUCCUCAUACACCUUCUGUUCAUGAUAAGAAUAUGAAAAAGGUUAUACUGGCCUCACUUUCUGAAAAUGUAGCCAUGUUUUCUGGACGCAAUCAACUUGGUUAUGAAGUAGCGCAAACUGGACAACAUGUUCAACUGCAUCCAUCUUCUUCCUUGCUCGUGUUUGCUCAGAAGCCUAGUUGGGUGGUUUUCGGUGACCUUCUCUCAGUGUCUAAUGUCUGGUCUGUGUUAGUGCUGUUGAGUUUCAAUCAUUAUACGACCUUCAACCCCCUCCCUCGUUUGAUGUAUCCAAGAUGGAAGAACGGAAGUUGCAAACUAAGACAUUGACUGGUUUUGGCAGUAUUCUUCUCAAAAGAUUUUGUGGGAAAUCCAACAGUAAUUUGCUUGGUCAUGUUUCACGUAUUAGGAAAGCUUGUUUGGAUGAAAGAAUCUUUGUUGAAGUGAACGUUGACGAGAAUCUCAUCCAGUUAUAUGCCGCUUCACACGAUAUGAAUACAGCUACUAUGUUGGUGAGUGAUGUUUUAGAAUACGAGAAAAAGAGGUUACGCACAGAAUGUAUGGAAAAAUGUUUGUAUCACGGGUCUGGUUCUGCAUCACCUAUGGCUUUGUUUGGGUCUGGUGCUGAGAUAAAGCAUCUGGAACUCGAGAAGCAUUCCCUGAGUGU